AUGGCUGCUAACAAGAGGAGAAGGAGUAGUGGCGCUGAUGACAUCGCAGAGGCGAUUCACCGGAUGGUGGAUGCAAUGCAGCCACUCGUAGUAGCGCAGCCUAGGACGGUGAUUGCACCUAUCAGGGUGCCGACCGUGGAGGAUUUCUUGCGCCACAAGCCAACUGAGUUCACUGGCAAAGCUUCUCCUGAUGAAGCAGAAGCAUGGCUCCGCAAAUGGGAAAAGAUAUUCACUGUGAUGAACUGUGCGGAUGAGCAUAAACUUCUGUAUGCCACCUACCUUCUGAAUGAUGAUGCUAAGUAUUGGACGCGUUUCCUGGAGAAAUACUUCCCAAAGACGGCUAAACAAGACAGGGAAGCUGAGUUCCUUGCACUGCAGCAAGGGGAUAUGACGGUGCAAGAAUAUGUGAAUAGAUUUGAGCACCUGCCGAGACAUGAGCUGAAGAGGGUGGUAACCCCUUUGAGGGAGAGGAGAUUUCUGGUCUUGGUGGAACAAGCCAAGAGUGUUGAACACCUAGAGAAGGGCCCUGGUCCAGUUUUCCGACAUCAGAGAAAUGUCGCAGAGGCUAGGCAAAUGAAGAAGCCCUAUAGUCGUCCUCCUACCACCUUAGGAGAUUUUAAAUGCUUCCAAUGUGGGGGAGCGCAUUUGAAGAGGAAUUGUCCUCAGCUGAAGAGUUCACCCACUAGACAGGGAAGCAGUCGCAAAUGCUUCAUUUGUGACCAGCCCAGGCAUUUCGCUAAUCAAUGCCCAGAGAAGAAGGCCAGUGCUACGAAGAAACCACCAGCCUCUGGAGCAAAGAGAGCUAGAGCAGUUGGGAGGGUCUUUGCCAUGACAUCUACUGAGGCUACUCAGUCAGGUCACAUAUUCAAGGUGAACUUGGUGUGCUUGCCCUUGGAGGGACUGGAUGUGAUAUUGGGGAUGGACUGGUUGUCUAACAAUCACAUCAUAAUUGAUUGUGGACAGUGCAGUUUGGUAUUCCCAGAACAUGAAGGGUUGGAAUUGAUAUCAAGUCGGGAAGUUGUGAAAGCAUUGCAAGACGGGGCCAUGUGUUUUAUGGCGGUGGCCAAGCCAGAGAAGAAAAGUGCUACGGAGGUGAUCCAAUCUAUACCGGUGGCAAGCGAAUAUGCAGAUGUCUUUCCAGAUGAAGUGCUAGGAUUGCCGCCUAGUAGAGACAUCGACUUCACCAUUGAUUUAAUUCCUGGUGCAGGUCCAGUGUUUAUGGCUCCAUACAGAAUGGCACCUACUGAGCUCGCAGAACUCAAGAAGCAAAUUGAGGAACCAUUGGAGAAACAGUUUAUUCGACCGAGCGCAUCACCUUGGGGAGCUCCAAUUUUGUUAGUGAAGAAGAAGGAUGGGAGUUCGCGACACUGUGUGGAUUAUAGGCAGCUAAAUAAGCUGACUAUUAAAAACAAAUAUUCGCUGCCAAGGAUUGACGAUUUAUUGGACCAGUUGAAGGGGGCAGGGGUGUUUUCCAAAAUAGAUCUGAGGUCAGGGUAUCACCAGAUUUUGGUUAAACUAGAAGAUGUGCAAAAGACGGCGUUCAGGUCCAGAUAUGGUCACUAUGAAUAUGUAGUGAUGCCAUUUGGAGUGACGAAUGCACCAACGAGAACAUCAGUUGUACAGGCAAGUUAUCCAAGUGCGAGUUUUGGCUUGAGGAAGUGCAAUUUCUUGGGCAUGUUAUUACAGAAGGUUUGUGUAGGGAUUCUCAAAGAAGGUAAACCCUCUGACACAGCUCACAAGAAGGAUCACCCAUUCUCCUGGAUGAAGAAGUGUGAAGAAUGUUUUGAAGAGAUGAAAAGAUGUUUGCCUACCGCUCUAGUGUCAGUAAUUCCUGAUACUGAGAAGAAGUUUGAAGUGUACUGUGACGCUUCUUAUCUAGGUUUAGGGUGUGUAUUGAUGCAAGAACGGAUGUCAGUGGCGUAUGCCUCACGGCAAUUGAAGAAGGAGCUGAAUAUGAGGCAGCGCAAGUGGAUGGAGUAUCUGAAGGACUAUGACUUUGAAUUGCUCUAUCAUCCGGGCAAGGCAAAUGUUGUAGUUGAUGCUUUGAGUCGGAAGAAGAUGCGUGUGUCUUGCAUGAUGAUAAAGGAGUUAGAGUUGAUUGAGAAACUCAGAGAUAUGAAUCUGGGGAUGUAG